AUAAUGAUACCAAGGGAAUCGAUCAAUCUUCAGUUAAUGCCACAUCUACUGACAUGGAAAAUUCUAAUGAUACUCAUGAACAGAUAGACUUACGAUGUGAUGAUAUUCUUGCAUCUGAUAUAUCUAACAAUGUUUCAAAUUUUGAUGAACUCAAUAAUGCUCCAAAUUCUGAUGUAUAUAAUGUUUUUUUAGAAUUAUUUGAAAAU